CCGCACCUCCACCGACCAGCCCAGGAGGAGACUGCUGCGGGGCAACGAUGUCGCGGGAUCCCGAGGAGGUGAACAAACUCACCGAAAACACCUACCGCAAUGUCAUGGAACAGUUCAAUCCAGGGCUACGGAAUUUAAUAAACCUAGGGAAAAAUUAUGAAAAGGCUGUUAAUGCUAUGAUAGCAGCUGGAAGAGCUUAUUAUGAUGGUGUUGCAAAGAUUGGAGACAUAGCUAAUGGGUCUCCUGUUUCUAAAGAGUUGGGACAAGUUCUUAUAGAGAUUUCUAUUACACACAAGAAACUCAAUGACAGUCUCGAUGAAAAUUUCAAAAAAUUCCAUAAAGAAAUUAUACAUGAACUGGAGAAGAAGACAGAACUUGAUGUAAAAUACAUGAACGCAACUCUAAAGAGAUACCAAACAGAACACCGAAAUAAGUUGGAUUCUUUGGAGAAGUCUCAAGCAGAAUUGAAAAAGAUCAAAAGGAAAAGUCAAAGUGGAAAGAAUGCACUGAAGUAUGAACACAAAGAAAUUGAGUAUGUGGAAACUGUCACAUCUCGGCAAAGCGAUAUUCAGAAAUUUAUUGCUGAAGGAUGCAAAGAAGCUCUUCUUGAAGAGAAAAGGCGAUUUUGUUUUCUGGUUGACAAACACUGCAGUUUCACUAAUCACAUAAACCAUUAUCACUUACAGUCUGCUGAGUUACUGAAUUCGAAACUGCCUAAAUGGCAGGAAACUUGUGGAGAUGCUACCAAAGUGCCAGAAAAAAUUAUGUCAAUGAUAGAAGAAAUCAAGACACCAGGCUCCACUCCAGUUUCAGGAACUCCUCAACCAUCUCCAAUGAUAGAAAGAAGCAAUAUGAUUGGCAAGGCUUAUGACACACUUCCUAAGUAUUCACCAAAGGUGCCUCCAGCUCCUUCAGCUAGAGCGUUUACCAGUCCUUUAGUUGAUAUGUUCAACAGCCCAGCAGCAAUUCCAAAGACUUCAGAAAGGCUAAACCAUUUGUCAGAUAAUUCAGAAGAUUCUACCUUACAACGAUCAAUUUCUGUUGCAACGGGAUUAAACAUGAUAAAAUUGCAGAAAGUUAAAACAAUUUUCCCACACUCUGCUGGAAAUAACAAGACUUUACUUAGCUUUGCCCAAGGAGAUAUCAUCACCUUGCUUAUAUCUGAAGAAAAAGAUGGCUGGCUCUAUGGAGAACAUGAUCUAACUAAAGUGAGAGGUUGGUUUCCAUCUUCUUACACAAAGGUCCUGGAAGAAGCUGAUGCAGUAGCAGCAAAUAUACCAACACCAAGCCCUGCACCAAUCAGAAGUAUCAGUACUGUGAAUUUAUCUGAAAAAAGCAAUGUCGUCAUCCCUCCGCCAGAUUAUCUGGAAUGUUUGUCAACAGGAGCUGCUUCAGAUAAGAGGACAGAUGCUGCCCAAAAUGCUACCUUCAAAGCACCAGUGCCCAAAUCUGAAGUUACAACUACUAAACCUGAUGCAAAUGGAACAGCAAAGCCACCUUUUCUAAGUGGAGAUAAUCCUUUUGCUACCGUGAAACUCCGACCAACGGUGACAAAUGAUAGAUCGGCACCAAUAAUUUGAUGAAUAAAAUCUUCAACAGAAAAAUUUGGACUCCCCUCCAUGUAAACUUCAUUUUGACACUAUCGCUAUUUAGAGCAUUCUGAAUUUAUUUUAAGGUGCUGUAAUUAUUGUACAGUCAUAGGGUAUUGCAAAGGUUUGCUCAUUUGGAUUCUUUGAGCUUGGAGUAUUGGAGAAUUUUAAUGUUUUUUUCCUUAAGGAGAUAGUUGUGAGCAGUUGAAUAAUAGUUUAAUGUGUUUUCUUUCUCUGCUGUUUGGAUUUAAGUCCUGUGUUUCAGUUUUCAGAUAUCAUUUCUUAGAUCUGUAAGAUGAAUUUUCUUUAGCAUUAUCUGGAAACAUUAAAUGUAAUUAUUUCUCUUGAUUUUCAUGCCUAGAUCUCUAUCUGAAUAUAUAAAAAAGAAUUAUAUAUUUCCAUAAGUAUGUGCAGUUUAAAAUAAGAAUUAGCAUUGUAACAAAUGCCCUCUAAACAAAUAGUUUAGAACAUAUGAUUCUUAUCUUGGUAUGCAGAUCAUAAUUUAUAUUGUUUAAAAUUAGUAAAGUAGUAUUUUACUUGUGAAAAGUUUGAGGGCUUUUUUUAAUUUAAAUUUUUAUUUAAAAAAAUACAAAUCUGUCCAAAGCUUCAGUUUUACAAGGAGAAGAUCUAUCGAGAUCUGGUUCCUAUCUCCAUAUUACAGGUGCAAUUUUUUGAGCUGUACUUCCUGAGAUAUGACCUGUAAAUUUCAUUUAGUUUGACUUAAAGUACUUACAAGUUGUACUUCAAGUUCACAAAUAAAACUUGGUUGUACUACA